AUGGAGUUCCCAAAUGAAUCUUCUGGCUUCGUUGACCCGAGACUUCGACUGUACAACGGGUCUUUGUUUCAAAACAACUUCAGUGCGUUCAACGAGACAGACAGUUUCCUCCCUACAGGCGUAAAGAUAACAAUCGUCGUGGUAUAUAUGAUCGUUUGCGUGGUGGGGCUCGUUGGAAACUGCUUGGUUAUGUACGUCAUCAUCAGGUACACAAAGAUGAAGACUGCUACAAACAUCUAUAUCUUUAAUCUGGCCUUGGCAGACUCUCUGGUCCUUGCUACGCUCCCCUUUCAGGGCACUGACGUCUUCCUUGGCUUCUGGCCCUUUGGAAACAUUCUCUGCAAGGCCAUGGUUUCCAUCGACUACUACAACAUGUUCACCAGUGUCUUCACCCUGACUGUCAUGAGCAUGGAUCGCUAUGUGGCUGUCUGUCACCCUGUCAAAGCUCUGGACAUGCGCACUCCUCAUAAAGCCAAAGUAGUCAAUAUCUGUGUGUGGGUGCUGGCGUCAGCCAUCGGGGUCCCUGCCAUGGUACUGGGGGAUGUGGAAGAUGACCACGGUAAGCUGUAUGUGGGUACAAUGUUGUGUAUUGUGGUGCUCCCUGAUCCUCGUGGCUACUGGGACCCUGUCUUUGGCACCUGUGUUUUUCUCUUCUCCUUCCUGGUUCCUGUGGCAAUUAUCAGCGUAUGUUACAGUCUGAUGGUCAAGCGGUUACGCAGCGUCCGCAUCCUGUCUGGCUCCAAGGAGAAAGACCGAAACCUGCGGCGAAUCACCCGCAUGGUGUUGGUAGUGGUGGCAGCCUUUGUUGUGUGCUGGACGCCUGUCCAGAUCAUGGCUUUGGCCCAGUCUUUGGGGUUCAACCUCGGUAGCAUGCAGACUGUAGUUCUGAUGCACUUCUGCAUUGCGUUGGGCUACGUCAACAGCAGCCUAAAUCCCGUGCUCUAUGCCUUCUUGGACGAGAACUUCAAACGCUGCUUCCGCGAGUUCUGCCAACCCUCGCCCUUCCAGCUGGACGUCCAGCAGUCUGGCCGCAUGCGCAGCAUCGCCCGUGAGGUCGUCUACAACUGCAAGACGGCAGAUGGCAACACUAACCCGGCAUGA